GGACAGUGUCCAUGAGGAAACUAACCAAACAUUAAUGUGCGAAACUUUUUAACGACGAUUUUUUGUUACAUUUGUUCCAAUGCACGAGAGGGACGAAUCGAAAUUCUUAAAAUUUUAGUGAUGGUUAAGUUUGCCUCUGUUUUUUGCUUCAAAAUUACUCUUUUUGUCAUCGGUUUUGCCAAUAAAAAUGUGCUUGCUGUCGAGUCACGCACCAUUCCGAAUGAAAUUGCCCUUUACACAACAGGUUACUGGAGAGCUGUCGGUCCAGUAUACCGCAAGAACAACACCGACAAAUUUCAUAAUACCUCCAUCAGUUCAGGACAGAAUCCUUUCAAAAAUGACUCGCUUCGUAGUAAAAAAAUCACAACUGAAAGCUCCAAAAGUAAUAGUCGAACAGCAACUUUUGAUCUGAAGCCAGUCGAGACCGUGCAUAAUUCAACCAACAAAAGUUCGAUUGGAACAACAUCACGAUCGACUGAAAUAAUUGGUGUCAGUUUUGAAGGCACCGUGACUAAUUCAAUCGAAAGUACCAUCGACACCAAGAAUCAGACAGUUUCAGGCGAGAUUAAAACUGAUGGAAACUCAAAUGCUAAAGCUGGUCCUAGCGAUAACGGCCAUGGUUUGGCUGCUUAUACUGCAAGUUCGGACAAUAAUGGUCUCAAUACAACCAUAAUUCCUAGCCUGGGCUUGACGAACAUCAACGAAAGCUCUAAAAGUAAAAGCAAUAUCCGCUUAUCUGAAGAAGUCAGAAGUCUAAGAAAGAAAACUGACGAGAAUAGAAUUGCUUCUAUCGUAGCUGAGCCUAACAAAACUACUUUAAACGCUUUUGAGCAGGUUAUCUCUCCCACAGCCUUUACGACAUCCAAGUCAACCCAGGAGUCUAAUUCUCACUUCAAGCCAACAGAAUCACUCGACGUCAUUUCAAAAACCAACGAACCUGACAGCAGUGUCACAACCCGUCCUCUUCACACAUCGACUCCGCCGAAUAAAUCACCCUCUAUCUGUAAAUUAGAAGCAUUAACUACGGCUUUAAAUUCAACAACGACGCCCUCUAUAACUAAGGAGCAUGACCUCAGAAACAGCUCAAAUUCUGUGUUUGAGAAUGAGUCAACCGGCUCACAAAACCGCGAGACAUCAACAACGAUCGAUGCCAUCGAGACAUCAGUUUUCGGCUGCGUCGCAACCAAUGGGCCCCAAGCAAAAGCUCAGUUGUGGUACAAGAUGCAACAGACGACUCCAAUUUCGAAAGGUAUUGAGGUGGGGUCGCCGGGGCAAACUUCUGUGCCGCACGGGAUCCCGGUCUACAUGAACGUGACUCAACUAAAACCGGUUGAAGGGGCUCCUACCGGGAAGAAACCGGAUCUCCAAAGGCAUGCGUCCGAGGGGGCGAUUAUGAAAAUCGGACGCCGGUUGGACGAUCCCGUUCACAAAUUUUACGAAAAACCGACGGGAAAAAUUACAAUUACUCGGCCGGAAAUCCAACAACAAAAAGGUGGACCACGGCCCGGGUUCUCUUAUGCACCAACCAUGAAUGUGGAUCAUUUAUCGACUUAUAAUCCAAACAUUGAUUCAGGAACCUACUCCAAACCGGUUACCGAUCAGGAGGAUGUUCUGGAGAUCACAAGUCCGGACCGGUUCACACUCUCGACAAAGGACUUCACUCGGAAUUCGAGCUAUCGACAGGAAACAACGGUGAGUGAGGUGAGUGUCUACGAUUCCGAAACGGACGACUAUCUAAAAGACAACCAGGAAACGAAAUCAGCUCAGAGGCUGGAGGAAGUAGCGGAAGAAAAACCGGUUGAGAAACCUGAAAGUCACAACGAGGAGCUACCGGCUGAUAAGUUUGAAAUUCAAGAGGGGUUCGGAAAACCUGGAAGUCAAGAUACAAAAUCUUUGGUCGGAGGGUCCGUUAGUUAUAGCACUGAGGCGGUUACCGAACAAUCCGGCGGGUAUGAGGAAGAACCACCGGUCAGGAGACCCGUGAGUUACGAGGAAGAGCUUUUAGCUGAAGACCCUAGAACUGGCGAGGAUGAUUUUCCGGUUGAGAAGCCCGUAAGUAACACCAGCGCUCUUUCACGUGGAAAAUCAGGAAAAGGUCCUUCCGACAUGGCACCUGUCAGCUAUGAGGACGAACCUCCGGUGAGAAAACCAAAGACUUACGAUGAAGAACUUCCGGAUCUUGCUUUUCACCACCUUGAACUACCCUUGGAAAACCUUGUAAAUAAAAAAAAUGAAUCUCUGUUCAGGGGUUUAGUGAGAAACAACACACAAUCUUCGCUCAGGAGACCCGAAAGUUACGGUAGUGAAUCUUCCGGCAUAAACCCUGGAAGUAACGAUGGUGAUCCUCCAAAUGAAGCAUCCGGAGGUCAAAUUUCGGAUGGAGGCCAUGAGACAGGAUUUCCGGUUGAAAAGUUCGAGCGUCACGAGAGCGGAUAUCCGGUUUUAAAAGCCGGAAGUUACGGCAGCGAGGCUCCGGUUGGAGGACCCGCGAGCUACGAGAGGAAAACCUCUCAUCAAAAAUCUGAAAGUCGAGGUAAAACAGCAUCGCGUGGAAAUUCUGGAGGCAACGAGGAAGAGCCUUUUGUUGAAAACCGCGGAAGUUACCCGGAAGACACUGAGUCUGAGACACUUAGUUUCCAGGAGGCGGAAGUAGGAAGGGUGCCUGAUGACUACGAGUAUGCGGAUGAGGACUCCGAAAGCUAUCCGGACACCGUGCAAUAUGCUGGAGCUCCACACUCGCGUUCAGGAACACAAUCUGGAGGUCCAGAGGACGAAAACCCCGAGUACCUAGACGACUCCUCCCCGUCGGAAGACAAAGAAGACCACGACGCGGAAGUCACCCCUCCAGCCCACCACCGCCCCGGCGACAACCGGCGACAGAUCCAACCACCCCACCUCCCCAACGCCCAGCCUCCGCGCCCCAGACCCGCCUACUCCCAGAUCUCCGUCGACAGCUCGAUGCCCGCCCUGCCGACCCCGUACCGGGAGCCGGCGGUUCCUCCCCGCGAGGAGGAGGGGCGGGACCGGGCGAGCUGGAUGCCGAGGCCGCCUCCUUCGUCGACGAAGCGGAGGCAGAGGAUCAAGGCCAAGACCCAGGUCAAGGGGAGGGAAACUGGGGGUGGGGAGUUUGUGGAGUACGCGGUGGACCCGGUGGAGUCCAUGAGUGGAUCCGCUGCCAAAAAGAGGGUGGAGCUACGAUCGGGGGAUGCGACGAGAUCCAGUCCGCAGGUAUCGGUUGGAGAGUACCAGGCCUCAGUCUCGCAAUCCAUGGAGCUUGCCAAUUUUCCUGACGGUGGGACACCCCGGAGGCGGACCCUGGAGGCGGACGUGACGUCAGAAAACGGUUGGAUCGACAGCGAUUUCCUGGAGGGGCCACGAGGCUCAAGAGGAAAGUUCAACUGCAGCCAACUGAGGGAGGCCCCGAUGAACUGGACCCCGGAGCAACUCCGAGAGUGGCAGAGCAGAUCCAGAGACUCGCUCGCAUUGAUCUCGCGUUGUGGCGGCAGAGUUAUCGGCAGUCGAACGAAGGACGGGGUGCUGCGUUACCGGCUCACGUUGACGGACUUACCGGUGCCGCCGGAGAAACCGAGCGUCCCCGCGGAAUUGGUUGACACCCGCACGGUUUUCGGCCAAGAAACGCCCGAUGACUCCCGCUUCGUCGACGAACUUAUCGAGGUCCAGCAGGCCUAUCGCCGUCUCCACCAGGCUGUUGAGUUUGACGUCAAAUCUAAGUUGCGGAACUUGGCUCGGAAAAAGGCUGAAACGCAGUCGUCGGAUACGUGGUUGUGUACCUAUGAGGGUCACGGCUGCAAUGCUUUUGCCUAUUCCAGCACCCAACUGCCCAUCUCACCCACCGAAGUUGCCGCGACUUGGUACGCUGAGAGCGAGGGCUACAACUACACCAUUGAGCCGGAUCUUCAAAGGCAUCCUUAUGUUGGUCUUUUCACGCAAAUGGUCUGGGCGUCGAGCCAGGCGAUAGGUUGCGGACGCCAUGAGCGAGAAGAUGAGGAUCAGGUUGUUGUGAUUUGUUUGUACACCCCACCAGGAAAUGAGCCUGGGAAAUUUUUGGAGAAUGUUCUUCCGAUUCCUCUCAGCGCAACACAUCCCGACUUCGAGGAAAAUAACAAGCUAGAGUUGGACACGAAUGCGAGCACUUCUUUGGAAGCAAGUCUUUUCUCUUUGCUUUUCCUCCUUGCAUGGUCACGAUGUUAGCUGAAAAGCUAGAGAUAAAAAUGUUUAGUACUCCGAAGGAGCGCUACCAACGGAUGGAACGAAAGGAAGAUCACCGAACUGGGGGAGGGAUAAUGAAGUUUGCUCGUCUAUCUUGGUCAAGGGUUGGAAUCAAAAUCAUUCACAGCAUUUCAAAAUUUGAGAUAUAAAUAAAAUUUUAGGUUAAGUGGAUAGAAAGAAUCGAAAACCAAGCUAGUAUUGAAAUUCUUAAUUGGAGGGAUCAUACAACAUAAAAACGCGAUAAAUACUAAAGAAACGCAUAGUUUUUAUUGGGGUGAAGAGAAAAAAUGUCUGGAUUUCAUAUCCGUUGGAACCGAAAAUCCGAGAACCUAUUAUAUUAGACUGCAUUUUGCAAUUUGGAAAUUCUGGCUUUUCUGGAAGAACACUUAUGUGAAUAGGGAAAUCAAUGGCACAUAUGUUGUUUUUAGACCGGGCGUGAAUUUAUGGUUCCAAAUUGCAAAAUGUAGUCCAAUUCUAAACGGUAGAGGUAAAGUUAACCCCGGCUAGAUUGAAUGAAAACAAAAUUAAAAUAUGCAUGUAAAAAUUGUAACACUUGCUUGACCGACUGUAGAAGCUUUUGGCUCAUAUGAUAGUCAAAACACCAAUAAUUCUUUGGAAAUAAAUAAUUAUCCUAUUCAGA